AUGCCAUCUUUAUCUGAUUUAGAUUACGAGAAUCCUGUCAAGAUUCCUUCGUCCCAGAUAGAAACUGUGGCUAUUAUAGGCGGUGGAGCUUCUGGGGCAAUUAUUCUAGACACUUUAUUAAAAGAGCCAUCUAAUAUCAAAAAGAUAGUUGUAUUUGAAAGACAAAAGAAACUAGGUGGCAUUUGGCUUUUCAAUAAAGACAUUAGAUCGACACCCAAUGAUCUUAUUAAAUCGGGUAGUUUCAAUUUGGAAAGUGAUCCACAAUUGCCUAAUCCCUUUCAUCAACAACAGGAAAAAACUGAGAAAAUUGUAUUGCCUAAAAAUACUCAAGAGAGGUUUAUUGAAACACCAAGUUACUAUGGAAUCACUACCAACAUCAUUGAAAAAAUGAUGACAUACAGUGAUGUCAAUAAGUGGAACAUUGAAGGUGACGCUGAAGCAAGAAAAUAUGUUGAGGGAAGUAUUGUUCAAGAUUAUAUUGAGAAAUAUUUUGAGAAAAAUUUGAAUGACUUUAGAGCCGAAUUGAGAUUGAAUUCUACUGUUGAAGAUGUUGAAAGAAUUGAACGUGAUGAUAAGGAGAGCGGAGAUGACAAAAUACCAUAUCGAUUCAAAUUAACUGUUCGCAAUCCUCAAGAUGACAAUCGCGAUGUAUGGUAUCAAGAGGAGUUUGAUACUGUUGUGGUAGCCACUGGUCAUUACCAUGUUCCGUUCAUUCCUCAUGUUCCAGGUUUGAAAACAGUCCAAGAAAAACACCCCCAGAUAAUACAGCAUGCCAAAUUUUAUAGAGACUCGUCAUCCUAUAAAAACAAAACUGUUGUUGUUGUUGGAUCUCGUGCUUCUGGGGCUGAUUUGACAAAAUUCAUUGCAAGAGAAGAAGGCACUACAGUUUAUCAAUCAGUAAGAAACUUUGAUAAUAGCAAAUUUGUUACUCAGAAAACCAAUGUUGUUAAAAAACCACAAAUUGAAAAAUUUGAAUCAAAUCAAGACAGUAUUAAAGUUUUCUUUGAAGACGGUACGUCGUUGGAGAAUCCAGAUUACGUUAUUUACUGUACAGGUUAUUUGUUUUCAUAUCCAUACUUGAAUCGAUUAACUAAUAACCAAAUCACAGAAGGCAUAACAAUCCCAAACUUGUACCAACACACUUUUUUGAUCAAUGAACCAUUAAUUACAAUAAUUGGUGUUCCGAUUGAUGGUAUUUCCUUCAGGGUGUUUGAGUAUCAAGCUGUUUUGCUAGGCAGGUAUUUGACGGGCAAAAUCAGUUUACCUCCAAGAUCAAAGCAAAGCGAGUGGGUCAAUAAAAGAUACGAGGAGAAAAAGAACACAAGAGCAUAUCAUACCAUAGGUGUAGUGGAUGCUUUUAAUUAUUCCAAUGAUUUGAUUAAAUUAGGUGAAGUUCUGGAUAAAGUAGAGGUAGGUAGAAAAUUUCCUAUCUUGAGCUCUGAUGAUAUAUUGCUCUACAAAGAGGCAGGAGAAAAGUUGCGGAAAUUCUGGGAUGAAAGAUAG